AUGAAUACAAAUAAUAAUAGUAGUAGUAGUAUAAUUAUUACAUUACAAGAAUUAAAAAAUAAACUUGAUGAUGAUAGACAACAAUUACAAGAGAUAGAGGCAUUGCUUGAGGAAGAUCCAUCGAAUGAAGAAUUACAUACUUUAAAAGCAGAGUUGGUCGAUUUGAUAAAGAAGUCAUCCGAUCUGAUAGUUGGCAAGGAGAGAGAACUGUCUGCCGCCACUGCUGCACAGGCCACUGCGACAUCAUCAUCGCACGCUAAUAGUAAUACACCACUAUACAACGCCGCCGCUGUGUCGUCACCAACAUCACAAACUAAUCAUAGUGAUACACUGUCUUCCUCUUCGAUCGCUGCUGCUGCUGCGGCCGCCAUUGGCAUCACUGGUACAUCUUCAUCAACAAAGUCAUCAUUGUCGGCGACAACAAAUACAACAACAACAGCAACAUUAUCAUCACCUGCCGAUAGCACAGUGUUCAAACUGAUGGUUGGCACUAAGUGUGAAGGAAAGUACUCGGUCGAUGGUGUAUGGUAUGAUGCAGUCAUUGAUGAGAUCAACAAGGAUGGAUCAUACAAGGUUACAUACACAGAGUACGGCAACUCAGAGACGCUCAACGUGUCGGACAUCCGACCCGUCACACGACAAAAGGUGGCUGGCACCGUGCAGGACCAGUCGUCGCGAUACACAACGGCCGCUGACUCGCUGCAGCAGAUACCCAAGCAUCUGAAGAUCCUGCCGGACGACUCGGAGGAGGUCAAGAAGCAGAAGCAGAAGAAGAUACAUUUGAUCAAAUCACAGAACAGGCUGUACAAGGCCGACGAGGAGAGCAAGAAGAAGAAGCAGGCUUGGCAAGACUUCCAGAACAAGCCCAAGAAGUCAAUACCCGGCACAUUCACGGACAAGAAGAGGGUCAGCAUGUUCUCAACGCCUGACAAUGUCAACGGACGUGUUGGAGUGAUUGGUAGUGGACGUGGCAUGACAGAGAGCACCAACUUUUCAAUGAGUAAGAAGGGUUGUUCAAUCGUUCAGCCAACAGGUAAAUAA